AGUUGGGCUCCACCCUGCGCACAAGAAGCUGCCGCAGCCUCCCGUCCUCUCCCAAUAUGGCGCCGCUCGCCUGCUGAGCUCUCCCAGCCCUCCGCUCCCUGGCGCUCACCGAGACAUGCUCACAGCCGGAUAGUGACAGCCUAGCCGCGCAGCCUCGUCUCGUCAGCAGUCCGGGCCCAGCCCUCCAGGACAGCCCUCCUUCCUCCCUCCACAGCACACCGCCGGAGCAGGAGGCCUCACCGCCGCCAUGGCUCAUUCCCCGGUAGCCGUGCAAGUGCCUGGGAUGCAGAACCACCGGGCUGAUCCAGAAGAGUUGUUCACAAAACUUGAACGCAUUGGAAAGGGAUCUUUUGGAGAAGUUUUUAAGGGUAUUGAUAACCGGACUCAGCAUGUGGUUGCUAUAAAAAUCAUAGAUCUGGAAGAGGCAGAAGAUGAAAUAGAAGAUAUACAGCAAGAAAUAACAGUUCUUAGUCAGUGUGACAGCCCUUAUGUGACAAAGUACUAUGGAUCCUAUCUCAAGGGUACAAAGCUAUGGAUCAUUAUGGAGUAUUUAGGUGGAGGCUCUGCACUAGACUUGCUACGUGUUGGUCCUUUUGAUGAACUCCAGAUUGCAACCAUGUUGAGAGAAAUCUUGAAAGGUCUGGAUUAUCUGCACUCAGAAAAUAAAAUUCACAGGGACAUCAAAGCUGCCAAUGUCCUACUCUCCGAGCAAGGGGAUGUCAAACUCGCUGACUUUGGUGUCGCUGGACAGCUAACUGAUACACAGAUCAAAAGAAACACAUUUGUAGGUACUCCUUUUUGGAUGGCACCUGAAGUCAUACAACAGUCUGCCUAUGACUCCAAGGCUGAUAUUUGGUCAUUGGGUAUAACAGCGAUUGAACUAGCAAAAGGUGAACCACCGAACUCUGAUAUGCACCCGAUGAGGGUCCUGUUUCUCAUCCCUAAAAAUAACCCACCUACCUUAACAGGGGACUUUGGCAAACCAUUUAAAGAGUUCAUCGAUGCCUGCCUCAACAAAGAUCCCUCUUUUCGACCUACAGCCAAAGAACUUCUUAAGCACAAAUUUAUUGUGAAAAAUGCCAAGAGGACAUCUUACCUAACAGAGCUGAUUGACAGAUUUAAACGAUGGAAGGCUGAGGGUCACAGUGAUUCCGGUUCUGAUGAUUCAGAUACAGAGUCCAACAACAAAGAGAACCAUUCUCAUCCUGAAUGGAAUUUCACCACAGUCCGGAAGAAGCCAGAUCCAAAAAAAUUGCAGAAUGGGACAGAUCAAGAUCUUGUAAGAACCCUGGGCUCUUUAUCUGUAAUAAUUGCCCCCGUGUUUGCUGAGCUUAAACAGCAAGACAGGAAUAAUAUUGCGAGGAAAAAUGCCAUUGAAGAAUUAGAAAAGAGUAUGAACCAGGCAGAAGCUACUUAUCCCGGAAUUACUGACAAGAUGGUAAAGAAACUUAUGGAAAAAUUCCAGAAGUUUGCUGUCAGUGACUCCUAAGUAUCAUCCUCAUUUUAAGACCAUGACACUGCUGUAUGAGAAUGGCAGAGGGACACCCACCCAGUAUACUCACCGCCUGGCCGUGCUUAGCGUUUUCAGCUCCUUGUGCCUUUCGGAUCUUCACGAUACACAUCCAUGUGACUAUGAUCGACAGUUUGGAAAGAAAAGAACCUUUAGCUAUUUUGUUUUCUAUUUUUCUUCCCUUUUUUGUUAAUUAUUAUUCCUUUUUUUGUGAUGGUGUAAAUGGGUUUUUAUAUUUUCAGGAAAUUAUUUUGUAAAGACUGAACUUUUACUACUUUAAUCUUUUGUUUAAUCCUGUAAAUGUUGAAAUGCUGUUAAUUUUUUUUUUCAUGUUGGGUAACAGUUGUUUGGUUAGGAAGAUGUGCAAGUGGCUGUAUGUUUGUGUUGCACUGUUCACUGAAUCUACUGGCCUGUUUUUGUUUUUACUUGUGUAUGACUUCCACCAUUACUUGGUGGAUGAGCAUGUGUGGUAAACAGCGGUUCUCUUUCAUUAAGGCACAUUGGAGCUGCUGUAGAGCUAGAGUUUGCUUAUGACACUGUGUAGACUUUGAACAAGUCCUUUAUGACCCUUUGAGCUCCACUCAAAAGAGGUGUUUAG